CACACACCGACACUGUCCAACAGGCGGCAGUAAAGCGCAGAUGAAAAACCUACUCGCGACACAUGUCGUCAUUUUACGGCGACGUUUUGAUUCACCUGCCGUAAAGCGAAACGUGUUGAGUCGGACAGAAGGUUAAAGUGAAUCCUUCACAACACGCAUAAUGCCGUUUGUGGAUCUGCAGUCACGGCUUGGCAUCAACAUAGACCGCUGGCUUCUGGUGCAGAGCGGGGAGCAGCCCUACAAGCGGGCAGCGCGCUGCCACGCCUUUGAGAAGGAGUGGAUUGAAUGCGCCCACGGCAUCGGGCAGACUCGCGCCAAGAAGGAGUGUCAGCUGGAGUUUGAAGACUUCUACGAGUGCAUGCACAGGCAGAAGACUCGGGACCGACUGUAUGCGAUCCGUCAGCAGCGAGACAAGAUGAUAAAGGAGGGAAAGUACACGCCGCCAUCCUCCCACACAGGAGGAGCUGACGAGGCACCAUGAGAGUCCACAGUUUGGUUCAUGUGCAUAGUAAAUCAAAUAUAACUAUUUCCAAUUUGCAAAUAAAUGUAAUCAUCUACUGUC